AUGUCCCUGCUUCAAUAUUGCGUGAACGACGGCAGAAUUCUUGAGAACUUAGAACGUAAGAACAUGAAAAUAAUAGCAAAGGACUAUGACAAACGACGUCAAGGAGCAUAUAAGGUGGUAAAAACGAGGCAAAGUACCGAUUUCUGGGGGCUGAUCAACCCCGACUGGAGCCUCUGCAGCAAAGGUCGCCGCCAGUCACCCAUUGACAUUGACCCCGCAAGACUUUUGUAUGACCCGAAUCUGAGACUACUCCAUAUUGAUAAGCACAGGGUAUCGGGUCUCCUGGAGAACUCGGGUCACAGCGUGGUAUUCACCCUGGACGGCGGGAAGGUGCCGCUGAACGUAACAGGCGGGCCGCUCUCCUACCGCUACCAGCUCACCGAAGCUCACCUCCGCUACGGCAACGCGGAUCUGCAGGGCUCCGAGCACACCAUCAACGGCAAAGCUUUCCCGGCGGAGAUUCAGCUCUUCGGCUUCAACUCUCAACUGUAUGCCAACUUUUCCCAGGCUCUUGACAAGGCUUAUGGCAUAGUUGGCAUCUCCCUCUUACUACAGAUUGGUGAAAGAUCUAACCCCGCCCUCAGCCAACUCACAGCGGGCGUGGACCAGAUCAAAUAUGUGGGAAACACUUACACUGUCCACCACCUCAGUAUACACGACCUCCUGCCGGACACCUCCUACUACAUGACCUAUGAGGGAUCCACCACGAUGCCCGCCUGUCAUGAGACUGUCACGUGGGUCAUAAGCAAUAAACCCAUUUACAUCACCAAACAGCAGCUGUUCAGUCUGAGGGAGCUAACGCAGGCCGAGGACGCCACCAAGGGAGGAGCGCCACUCGCCAACAACUUCCGUCCACCGCAAAAACUCCACCACAGACCCGUCCGCACCAACAUAGACUUCUCCAACGCUGGAGGAAGCUGUCCCUCCAUGCACAGGGAAGCCUACUACAAAGGUAAGUUACACGAUGAUUAA